AUGCAGCCAAUCGCAGUAUUCGCCGCCGCCGCCGCCGCCGCUUUCCUUCCCGGUGUACCUCAAGUUUCGGCACAUGCGCGGUUCCCUGAAUGCAAGAACCUACUCGUCACACCUGCAGUGAAAAUUCCUGCUCUGGGAUAUGACCCAAGUAUUCCUAUGGUACCCAACGGCCCAUUUGUUAAACAGCAGUUUGAUACAACUGUGUUCUCAACUCCACCAAUACCGGCCGAUCCAAGCAGCCCACAUUAUAAAAUACGUCGUCGUUAUCUCGAACAUGGUUGUGGAGGUACCCUCAACAAUAUUCAUAAUUAUUGGAUUCGAAAUUCUUCAUCAGACUAUUCAAAGCACGGUGAUACUUCUGCCGGUUGGGCGCACAGGAUUAAAAAUUACUAUAUGAGGCCUUUCGAUGCGGAGACCCUGACCCAAACGCAGAGCUUGACGCAGCAAUUACUAGCUAAAGGCAAGGACGUCUCGUGA